CAAAACAUUCUGCUCUGGAAAAUAGCAAAGCCCCAAAAACAUAAUUAUCACUUCCAUUAUCAAUUGCUCUCUAUCAGGUAUGCCUUUCCUCUUUCUCCUAACGUUCUUCCCACACUCAACGUUCUCACAGAUGCUCACGGACAGCUGACGGCGGAGAGCGAUGGGCGGACAGACUUUGCUCCCUUGCCCGACAACCACCACCACCACCAGCACCACCAGCGCCGCCGCCACCACCAGGGCAGCCAGCCAGCGCCGCACAGCCCACACGAGUACCUCAGCAUGAUCCAGCAGGCCCUAGCGCACGCCUUCCACCUACAGCACCAGCAGGACAGACUAGCGGAACCCGUCGCCAGCGAGGACGUGGCCGCGGCGAGGGAAGACCUGGGACCCCUGGAAGACGCCGCCCAGUCCCUCCUCAACGACCCGUCCUACUACACCAACCUUGGGGGACAGUUGGCGUACCUGGUGCUGCCUCAGAGUGACGCCUUGGCCAACCAGUCCUUCGUCACCCCAGCCACGAGCUUCCUUCCCUUGGCGGUGGAGGGGAGCAGUGGCGGCGGCGACACCCUCUCGAGCUACAUGGAGCUGUUGUAUCCUCUGUUCGGCGCGCCUCAUUUCCAGCUGCAGAACCAGAGUCAGUCCGUGGUGAACGAGGUCCACUCCUACCAGAACCUCAUCAUUCAGCUCUCCAACGGCACGGACGUCGCCUCUGUGAGCCUUGCUUCGGGUGGCAACACUGCCGAGGCCACGCUGGCGGUGGGGCAGAGGCAAGUGUUCCUCUUUUACACAGGCUCACGUUGUAGGUGUGUUGUGAGCGCUAUCUCCGCGGAGGACAAACAGGGACUUGCCGUUCGCCUUAGUACAGAAAGCUCUCGUCGUACGCGAAGGUUGCUGUUCUCAAGAGCUACCGAAGAGUUAGUGUUUAGGAAUUCAUGCAAACCGAUCCCAUUCAUGCCCCGCACUGAUAGCAUUGGCUCCCACCUCAUGACUGCCAGGCCUGUUUCGUUCAUGUCCACGCUUUUCAAAAUUCUUAAGUUCGGCCUCCGGCGCUGGUAAGAUUUCAUAAUGGCGUCUGCUGGUUGGCCCCAUUCUUGCUUGGCAAAUGCUGCCCCCCAGAGCUCCACUUCAUUCUCUUGAGAGAGUUUCGCACGAGUCCGGGUUGACAGGUGGUCUUCAGGGCAGCAUGUGGGUAGUCUUGGUCCACUCGGCGUUGACUGAAAACUGUCACCUUGUAGCGGAGGGCGGGACACAAACUCGGGGCUUCCAAGACACUACACCCGCACGCUGACCACUCACCAUCUGUCUCCCAAGCCUGUCCCAUUAGUAAACCAAUUC